GUUCUUUUAAAGCUCAUUGUAACACCAAAGUCCUUAUACUUUCUAUCAUGAAUACAGCUUCUCAAUUUCAGCAGAAGCUACAAGCACAACAGCAACCACAACAACAAUUUCAAUCACCUUAUGUUUAUCAACAGCAGCAGCAACCUUUUGCUUCUUUGCAAGAUGGUUUUAUUCAGCGUCAACAUCAAAACCAACCACAAUCAGAGGGUUUAAAUCCAUCAAGCUUCUUGGCUCAAACCCUUUAUCAAGGUGGAUACAGGCCUUCUAAUCAAUCAGGCCAGCAAAGUCAACUUCAAAGCUUGCACCAACAACUUCAGCAAUUACAGCAGCCAGGAACUCCGCAGCAGCAACAACAACAGUUGUUUUCCUUGCCAGGUCAUCAACAUCAGUUUCAACAGGCUCAGUCUCAGUUGUCAAGCGGACAGUUGGCCACACAAACCGAACUCAACCCUAUUCAUGUUGAUGCUUCCGUAUCAAGCCAGAUUCACUGGCAACACCAGAUGCAGCUGGCAGUUGUUGCCAAGAACUCCAACUUGCCUCAUUUCUACGCACGUCAAGCCGCAUCGUCGUCGAGGAAACUCAUAAGCAAUCCCGAUAUGUCGAGUAAGCAAGGAAACUCGCUUGUUGAUAUAACUAAGUCCCUUUUGGCCAGCGUUCAGGAAAGCCAACAAAGCCAGGAUCAACAGCAAACUAAUGAAGGUUUGAUGCAACACAAAAAGAUGAGCAACGACACUUCAAUUGACGAAGAAGAAGAAGAUCAGCGCAUAAGAAUCAAAGAAAACAACACGCAGCUCUGGACUGCAUUAGAUCUUAGUGGUCAGAUGAUAACAACCAUUUCACCUAAAUUAUUCCAUUAUGGUUUCCUUAGAAGAUUAUAUCUCAAUGGAAACAACUUGAAAAAAGUACCAGAGGCAAUUUUACAAUUGAAGUCUUUACGUGUGCUUGAUCUUUCGUUCAACAUGUUAACGGAACUUCCUGGAGAAUUAGGAAUGCUUUUCAAUUUAAAAUAUUUAUACCUUUUCGGAAACGAUUUGAAGGAUGUUCCAUAUGAAUUUGGAAAUUUAUACCAACUUGAGUUUUUGGGAGUGGAGGGAAAUAAAGAUUUCAGUCAGGAAUUUGUCAAUAUCAUUGCAAAGAAGGGAACUCGUGGCUUGAUAAUUCAUUUGAGGGAUGAAGCACCACGCUUGCCUCCUCCUGAACCCCGUAAAUGGAUAGAAAUUGGAGAUGAUGGGGAACCUAAUCUGAACCCUGAGGAGCAGAAGCCGGCAAUCGAAUGUGAUCUCUCUUCAAACGGCUCUAAUUCGUUCACUUUGAUGAGCUACAACACUUUAUGUCAACACUAUGCCACUCCAAAAUAUUUCAAGUACACCCCAUCGUGGGCGCUCGCUUGGGAAUAUAGAAGGCAGAAGCUUACAGAAGAAAUACUUUCGUACAAAACAAACAUCAUUUGUCUCCAGGAAGUUGAAACCAAAACAUAUGAAGAAUAUUGGGUUCCGAUAAUGGAAAGCAAUGGUUAUAAGUCUGUUUUUCAUUGCAAAAGUAGAGCGAGAACCAUGAAUGAUAAGAAUGCAAAGAAAGUAGAUGGUUGUGCUACGUUUUUCCAGACCUCAAUGUUCGAAUUGAUCGACAAAAAAAUCAUCGAAUAUGGAAGAGUGGUAAUGACUCAAGACAAAUAUAAAAAGACUGAGGACAUAUUCAAUAGGUUCAUGAACAAGGAUAACAUAGCCUCCAUCUCUAUAUUGCAUCAUAUUCCCACCGGAAAUAAGAUUGUAUUAGCAAACACACAUUUACAUUGGGAUCCAGAAUUUAAUGAUGUGAAAACAAUGCAAGUUGCAGUCCUCUUGGAGGAAUUGCGCGUGCUUCUUCUAAAAUAUACGAAUAACAAAGAUGAGUUGAAUAAAAUCCCAUUGGUGAUAUGUGGUGAUUUCAAUUCUCAGAGAGACUCUGCUGUAUAUCAACUGUUCUCUCAAGGUUCAGUGAAAGAGCAUUAUGAUAUCAAGGGAAGGGAUUACGGAAAAUUCACUUCUGAAGGAUGCACGCACCCAUUCCAUUUGAAGUCCGCCUAUGGAGCUAUCAACGAGCUUCCAUUUACGAAUUUCAGUCCUACCUACACGAAUGUCAUAGAAUAUAUCUGGUACUCAACUGGAACAUUGUCUGUUAGAGGUUUGCUAGGAGAAAUGGAUCCCAACUAUGCCAAAAGGGUCAUUGGACUACCGAGUGCAGAUUUUGUUUCUGAUCACUUACCAUUGAUAUCUAAGUUCGAGUUCAAGAAAUCAUCUUCAGCGAAGAAAGUUAAGGCUGAUUUCCGAGACGGCAGUUUUUCCAGAAAGACUUGAGUCGUUAGUUUUCUACUUAUUUACGUUUACUGCUAUGUGAUUAGCUAUUAGUCGUAUUUUUG